CAUCCCGCGGCAGAACCCUUUGUCCACUCCCGAGCAUCACCCCAGCCCUGGCUAGCCCCCGUACCCCUUGGGUGCGGAGCCUGGCCGGACAUGGAUAGGGAGACGCGCGUGUUCGCAGAGAGCUAUUUCCGAGGCCUCCGGGGGCGUCUCCCCAGCAGUGUCUGCGGGACUCCGGGCCGUGUGGACUUUAUCGAGAGGCCGGACUCCUUUUCCUACACGGACUUCUUCAAGGGUUACUUGCUCCCCAAUGUGCCCUGUGUUUUCUCCAGCGCCUUCACCGAGAGCUGGGGUAGCAGGAGGCACUGGGUGACACCCGGUGGGAAGCCUGACUUCGAUUAUCUGCUUCAGAAUUAUGGAGAUGUAGUUGUACCUGUUGCAAACUGCGGGGUCCAGGAAUACAAUUCGAACCCUAAAGAACACAUGCUCUUCAGAGAUUACAUCAGCUACUGGAAAGAAUUCAUCCAGGGAGACUACUCCUCUCCACAGGGAUGUCUGUACCUCAAAGACUGGCACCUGUGCAGGGACUCCUCUGCCGAGGGUUUAUUCACCCUGCCUGUGUACUUCUCAUCUGACUGGCUCAACGAGUACUGGGACACCCUGGAUGUGGACGACUACCGUUUCAUCUACAUGGGGCCCACUGGCAGCUGGUCACCAUUCCAUGCCGACAUUUUCCGCUCCUUCAGCUGGUCUGUCAACAUCUGCGGGAGGAAAAAGUGGUUCUUCUUCCCACCAGGGCAAGAAGAAGCCCUGCGGGAUUGCCAUGGUGGCCUACCAUAUGAUGUGACCGCCCCGUCAUUCCUGGAUAGCCACCUGCACCCUGUGCAUGAGCACUGCAGCCCACCACUGGAGGUCAUGCAGGAAGCAGGCGAGAUGGUGUUUGUGCCCAGCGGAUGGCACCACCAAGUCCACAACCUGGAGGACACUAUCUCCAUCAAUCAUAACUGGGUCAAUGGCUGUAACCUGGCCAACAUGUGGCAUUUCCUGCAGCAGGAGCUCUGUACUGUGCAGAAGGAGAUCAGCGAGUGGAGGAACACCAUGCCUGAUUGGCAUCACCACUGCCAGAUCAUCAUGAGGUCCUGCUCUGGGAUCAAUUUCGAAGAAUUUUACCACUUCCUCGAGGUCAUUGCCAAAAGGAGGCUCCUCCUAGUGAAGGACAUAGGCCCUGGUGAAGUGGAGCGCAUUGAGGGCUCUGGGCUGGGGCCCCAGCAGACCAUUUUUGACAUUGGCCGGAUUGCUGAGGUGCUGGCAUCUGUGGUGGUCAACCCCGACUUCCAGAGAGUAGACACCAGCAUGUUUUCACAGCGGCCAGAGGAUCUCCUGCAGCAUCUGGAGGAAGUCGUGGCCGCCACAGAGUCCCUUUAGUGUGGGCUGUGACCCUUGAGGCACUUGUAUGGAAGGCAGUGCCCUACUCCAAGGUUCCUUCUAGAAAUAAAGCUCCAUCCUCCUGUGUGGCCUAGGACAUGUUGCCUUCCUGCUGAGCCUUGUUG